UUUCCGUUUUCGCCGAAUGUCCACUUCACCAUCCUUGAAUCGGCGGCCAACUUUCUGGCAAUCCCUCAUCGCAGGAGGUCUCUCCGGCACUGCUGUUGACCUGCUUUUCUUCCCGAUAGACACACUCAAAACGCGGCUACAAGCGCCACAGGGAUUUAUUAGAGCUGGUGGGCUCAAGGGAAUAUAUAAAGGUGUUGGGAGUGUCGGCGUAGGGAGUGCACCGGGAGCGGCACUUUUCUUCGCCACAUAUGACACCCUCAAACAGCGCUCGCCGCUCCCUGAAAGCAUGGCCUCGGUGACUCAUAUGUGCGCGGCAUCUGUGGGCGAAGUUGCUGCGUGUCUAGUCCGUGUUCCAACCGAGGUCAUCAAGACACGGGCACAGACCUCCUCUUAUGGCCCCGGCCAAUCUUCUUUCUCUGCAGCGCAACAUAUCCUCGCGUCAGACGGCUUCCGCGGGUUCUAUCGCGGGUUUGGAAUCACUAUAAUGAGGGAGAUUCCAUUUACAUCCAUACAAUUCCCUCUUUACGAACUUUUGAAAGCGAAACUUUCCAUCUACACUGGGCGGAAACCACUAUACCCACACGAAGCUGCCGUCUGUGGCAGCAUCGCAGGCGGCGUGGCGGCAGCGACCACAACUCCGCUCGACGUCUUGAAAACGCGGGUUAUGCUUGACAUGCGCGCUCUAGGUGACCGGUCUUCCGCGCUGCCUUCCCUUCUUACUCGGUUUCGCACCAUAUAUAAGACUGAAGGCCCAAGCGCCUUAUUCGCAGGUGUCCUGCCGAGAACACUUUGGAUCUCAGCUGGUGGUGCGGUGUUUCUGGGCGUAUACGAAUGGGCGAUUGGAGGAUUAACGACAUUGUAG